CCAAGGUGUACUUUAUUAUUUCAAUAAUUUAUUGUUGCAAAUUUAUUUGUUGCAGAAAAUGUUGAUGGAUGAUUUGUUACCUACUCCAGCCAAUAAGAAAAUGAUAGGGCUAGCUUUAGCCUCAUCUUACACGACAAGGAGGAAGUGGAUUCUCACCUCAAGUCCAUCUUUCACAGAAGUUUUAAAUGAGUAUAAGCACCUAAGCAGCUAUGAAGGGGAUAUGGUAAUCUUUUUUAUUCUACUAUUCUUGUCCUUGAGUUAAAAAUAUGUUUAUAGUUAAUGGUUUAUUGUAACAUUCAAUCUGUCUCAUAGAUUUUAGAAGAGUUUAAGAGAAUUGAGUGUCUUUACCAAGGGGAUUUAACAAUCAAACUUAGUCGGCUUGCACCUAUCAUUGUACAGUAUGCUGGUAUUACCAAGCCCUCUGUAUUGAAAGAAGCACAAGAGGAGUUUCACAAUGGUAAAUCCAAUAGUAUAUUUUGACUUAUAAAAGCACACAGAUUGUAACAUUUACAACACUUUUGUUUUGCUUUUUUUUUAGAUGAUCUUCUUGCCAUGGUGAUGUUACCAAAACUGUUAACACUAACAUUGAACAAGAACAAUACAAAAGAAGAGCAUCUAGAUCACAUCAAAAAAUAUAAAGCAUUAAUUGAGAAAAUUCCUUCAAGUUCUCUCUUUCAAACAGCACCUGAAGGAACUGAUGUUGAGUCAUAUGUUUCUGUUGAGGCUGAUGAUGGAUCUACGCCCACCCCUAUAUUUCCAUUUGUACUGUGGCUCACCAGUGACUAUUGCAGCGGCAAACUUUACCUAAAAAUAGAUAAAAAAUUUGUAUUUCUUGGAAAUGUUGCGCAGGGAAACAGCCAUGCUGUGAUUAGAGCACUAGAGGUGUGUAUGGAAGCGCAUCAUGUGUUUAAUCUUCAAUACCACCCCUACCUGUGCAGUUACUAUGACUACCUCGAGUAUCUUCUCGGUAUGAAAGCACCCAUGAAUUCCCUGAAUAAGUUCAUCACAGCCAUCAGACAAUUAAUGCCAUGAUUAGCUAUUCAUAUUCACCUUGUUAUUUAUUGAAGCAUAUAAUUAUUUAAUGACAUAAUGAAAUCAGUCUUAUUUCCCCUGACUUGGUACGUUUAUACUAAUGCAAUUUAUUUUAUUUCGUCUGUUAAUCCAUGGUUUAAGCCUAUUUGUUGACGUAAUGAAAUCAUCUAGUCAUGUAAAUAUGUUGUCUUUUUUUUACUUGAGCAAUCUAUUUUAAUUUAUGUGUUUAUCCAUGGUUUAAGCAUAAUAAUUAUUCCAUUACUCAAUGAAAUCACUCAUUUAUUAUCUUACUGUAUACGUACUGUUUUCAUAUGCAAAUUUUGUUGAUUUGUUUUACUUCUUAAUAUUUAUUAAAACAUUUUUGGACUCUACAUUGGCAUUUAUGUUGUCUUCUUUCUCUCAACUGCCUUCCACUGUAGUGAAGGAACCUAAA